AAAGUCCCGGGCAAAAGAGUAAAACAGCCCUAAAUAACCCGAAGUCGCGAAGUACAGAUCUUUCGCUCUUUUCAGCUCUGCCGCGUUUCACCGCUCUGCAACCACCGGCGCCAAACCUAAACCGCUUUCCAACAAAAAAAGCAUGUUGUUCUUCUCCUACUUCAAGGAGUUGGUGGGCCGCGAAGUCACUGUGGAGCUCAAGAACGACCUUGCGAUUCGUGGCACUCUUCACUCCGUCGAUCAGUAUCUCAACAUUAAGCUUGAGAACACUAGGGUUGUUGACCAGGACAAGUACCCCCACAUGAUGUCAGUGAGAAACUGUUUUAUCAGAGGAUCAGUUGUGAGAUAUGUUCAACUACCUCCAGAGGGGGUUGAUGUUGAGCUGCUGCACGAUGCCACCAGAAGGGAAGCUCGUGGUGGUUAAAAUUCAUUUCAAUUUAGAUGCUGGUGAGAUAGGCCUGUUUGUGCUACAUGUCUAUUUUCAUUCCAAUACCCACUGUGUUCAAGAAGGCAUCUACGAUUGAACAAUAGAAACCUAGCCCUGUGAUACUAGAAUCAGUUUGAACUUGGUGCAAGUUAGUAUUUAAUACAUUCGGUGAAAUGUAGUACAUGUUUUAAAAUCCAUGAAAAUGGGACAGCAGAAACCUGGCUGCAGCAAAAGUGGAUCGUCUAUGUGAUUGUCAUGAACAGUAACUUCUUUUGUAAUUCUCUUUUCUCACUUUUUUCGCCUAAAUGUGUAACCAGAUAAUAUUUGGUUAUCAUUAGUUUGAAGCCAGACAAAGUGAAAACCCAACUUGGAAGGGCUUAUUCCU